CUCACUCCUCUCUCUUUAUCCACCACCAGCGAUCCCCCCACCAUGCCACGCAAAGCCGCAGCCUCCGACGCGCCCGCUGAGCCCCGCCGCUCUGCCCGCAUCAAAGACCAGCCCAGAGCCGAGUCUGCGCCCAAGAAAGCCCCUGCUAAGCCUCGCGUGAAGAAAGCCAAGGCGGAGGCCACCGAGGAGGACGGCGCUGCCGACGAAAAGAAGAAAGAGGAGAAACCGAAGGCUGCGCGUGGAAAGAAACGCACGGCCGACGAAGUCCAGGAGGAGGACGCUGCAGUCGCAAAUGGCGCGUCCGCUGAUGAGGACGCGCCGCCCCCGGCGAAACGGGCCAAACCCGCGUCUAAGGCCGCGUCGAAGCCGCCUUCAAAGGCUGCCGCGAAGCCUGCGUCCAAAGCUGCCUCUAAACCACCAUCCAAGCCCCCAUCCAAGGCAGCAGGCACCUCCAGCAAGCCUGCGUCGAAGGCCUCUGCCAAGCCUGCGUCUCGCGCAGGCUCCGCUAAACCAGCCUCUACAGCGAAGAAGCCGGCGUCCCGCGCAGGGUCUCGUAAGCCCGCGUCAAAGGUGGGUAACGAAGAGAAGGAAACCGUUGCUGCCGCUCCAGGUCAAGAUAGCAUCGCCGAAGAGCCUGAGGCUGAAGCUGAGGCCGAGGCUGCUGCCCAAGAAGCUCCUGUUGUGGCCGCCGAGGCUUGAUAACGCGUACACACGAAUGCACCACGACCCAUCUCCUCGACCUGCUCUCUCUCACCCUCCCUCUUCUCUUACAUUAUCGGCUGUAUCCCAAGUCUAUGACGUGGCUCGCGCGCAGCCUUCUCUUCUCUUAUUCCUAUUUCCGUCUCUUCUUCCCUUCUGCUCCUGGUUCCUCUUUUGCCUUUGUCUUCAGCUCUCUUCCUCACUCAUAUCCUCGCUUUGUGCCGCAACUCGAAGCACCGCUGUUGUGUCACUGUCAUCGCUACCGUCAUCUCAGGCACGCGUACUCGCACUGAACUGUUAUACUAGUAGUCUGAUGGGAAUGGGUCGGCCGGGUGGGCGGGACGCUGUACAGAGCCUUUUCUCCUUGGUGGCGUAGGGACAGUACAUCCGAUGUGUGUAUGUUCUAUGUAUAUUGAUGUUGUUUGAGUAUCUCUCUC